CCUGGGGUGCCCCCUGCCAGGAGAGCCGCGCUCUUAGGAGGAAGCAGCUCCCUGCAUCCCUCUCGAGCAGAGGACGACAGAGAUGGAUGAGGACAAGGGCACCCCGAACUCCCAGCCCCCCAGCCCCUUGCCCAGCUGGCUGCAAGACCAGGCACUCAGCGGGCAGUGGCUGGGGGCAGUGGGUGGCUCAGACCUGCCACUGUUGGAGACUGAGGAGGGGGCCUUUGCCCACGUGGAUGAUGACUGGAAAUAUGACACCCAACAAGACCUUUCCCAAUGCGCAGAUGUUACCGCAUGGGAAGAAGACAUGACACUCCAAGAGCUCUACCGAUGGGAAGAAGAAGUGAGAGUCCAACAACGUUCCCAACGGGGAGCCAGAAGACACCGAGAGCUCUACGAAUUUGAAGAAGAUGUGAGAGUCCGAGAACUUUCCGAAUGGCGGGAUGGGAGACACCCAGAGCUGUACCAACGGGAAGAAACCGUGAGACGCCAGGAGCUGUACGAAUGGGAAGAAGAUGGUGUGAGAUACCAGGAGCUGACCCAAUGGGAAGAACAUGUGACAGUCCAAGAGCUGCCCCAAAGGGAAGACAGGAGUGAGAAAAAGCUGUCCCAGUGGGGAGAUGAUGUCGGUUACAGCACCUGGGACAAACCCUGGCACCCGCUGAACGCUGGGGACCCCCAGACUGUUCCCCAGGAGGGGCCCAGUGUGGGCACAGAGGUGGCGGCAGAGGCAGCCCGUGACCUGCCCAGUCCAGCUCCUGCCCCGGUGAGUGCCACGGACACUGAGCCAGCAGCUGCUGCCCUGGCCGGAGCUGCUGAGGAGGAGGAGCCUCAGGGGCCUCUGGCUCCUCUUGAGGAAGAGGCAGAAGGUUCUCCAGCCUUCGGAGAGCAGGUGCCAUGGGCAGGGACACAGAGCCCGGUCCCUGCCCCACACAGCCCCUCAGAGGGCAGCGAGGCCCUGCUGGACACAAAGCAACACAUCACAUGUGGGAUCGUGAGGAAGGCUGUGCUUGUGAUCCAGGGAUCCAUCCAGGAGCCAGAGGAACAGAGAGACCUGGAACAAACCAGGAAUGCAGACAUGCAAGAAACCGUAAGAGCACCAGAGUCAGAGAGCCACAUGUCUGCCUCGCACAUCCCCUCAGAGGGCAGUGAAGCCCUGCUGGACACAAAGCAGUACAUCACAUGUGGGAUCGUGAGGAAGGCUGAGCUUGUGAUCGAGGGAUCCAGUCAGGAGCUGGAGGAACAGAGAGAGCUGGAACAAACUACGGCUACAGAAAUGGUACCAUUACUUACAGCAGAAAGGACAGAGAGCCCAGUCCCUGCCCCACAGAGCCCCCCAGACAGCACCCAGGAUCUGCUGGACAUGGCCUUUUGCCUCUUCAGGGAGAUCAGGAGGAAGGCUGAGCGUGUGCUUAGCUGCUGGCCGGAGGAACGGAGGGUCCCAGAACAAAGCACGGCUACAGAAAUGAUAACAACAAUUCCAGCAGAAAGGACAGAGAGCCCGGUCCCUGCCCCACAGAGCCCCUCAGAGGGCAGCAAGGCCCUGCUGGACACAGACCAGUCCAUCACCCAUGAGAUCCUGAGUGAGCCUGAGCUUGAGAUCCAGGGAUCUGGCCAGGAGCCAGAGGAAGAGAGAAACCUGGAACAAACCAUGGAUACAGACACAGUAACAACAGUUCCAACAGAAAGGACAGAGAGCCCAGUCCCUGCCCCACAAAGCCCCUGCUCCCCCAGCAGCCCCUCACCUUCCCAGGUGAAAGCCCAGGCCCUCAGCGAGCAGGAGGUGGGAGCAGGAGGGGACUCAGUCCUGGCAGUGCAAGACACUGACGAGGGGCCCUUCCCUGGGGAGGGCAUAGACUGGAAAUACUACGUUGAUCAAGACAUUUCCCAGUGGGAAGAUGAGGGAGACCAAGAGUUGUCCCAAGAAGACAUCAACACAUACCAAGAAGUGUCCCAGGGGGAAGACUGCAUUGAGCAGGAGCUGUUCCCUGGAGAAGUCAAGAGCUACCAGGAAUUGUCUGACUGGGAAGAAUACAGCGAGGAAGAGGAGCCCCAAGGAGAAGUGAAGAGGGCCAUGUUCCUACAGGACUCGCUUUUCCAGGCCCAGGACCUUCUUCCAGGCAGUGGUGUGAGCACAGGCCAGUUUGUGACAACUUCCAAGAUCCCUGAGUAA